UUCUGGUUCCCCGAGGCACAGUUUGGCUGUGCUAAGGGGAUCAUCCACACCAGGGUGGGGUACACGGGAGGGACCAAAAAGUCCCCUACCUACCACAGCCUUGGUGAUCACACGGAGACCAUACAAGUUGAGUUUGAUCCCAAGCAAACCAACUAUGAAACCAUUCUCACCAUCUUCUGGAACAACCACGACAGCACGGCGUGCAGCAGCCGCCAGUACAUGUCUGCCAUCUUCUAUCACAGCGAAGAGCAGAAACAAGUAGCCGAGAAAACCAAGGAAGAACAUCAGAAGAAGGUCACCCGUCCAAUCCAGACUCGAAUCAAGCUUGCUGAAACCUUCUAUGAUGCCGAAGACUACCACCAGAAGUACAUGCUGCGUCACCACCAGGGCCUUCUGAAGAGCCUUAGCCUUAGCCCCAAGCAGAUUAUCACCUCACACGUGGCUGCCCGUCUCAACGGCUACCUGGGAGGAUUCGGAAUGCUCAAGAACCUGGAACUGGAGGUUGACAACCUGGGCUUGAAUGAGGAACAGCUGGAAUAUGUCCGCAAGAAGGUCAAGAUGGGAGGGCAUAAUUAGGCAAAAGCGGUGGCAGAAGUGGGAUCAUGCGUUGUAGUCCAGUCAACCAAAAGUCAGUCACAGUUCAUCAACGGAUAACAAGUCAAUAAGUCGCAAGUUAAUUGACAACCUGAUAAUCUAUUCAAACAAAAUGUGUCGAAGGCAUUAUUUUCAUUGUUCAUCCCAUUAACUGUUGAGUAGACCAUUUGCAGCUAUCCAAAAAGUAACCCACCAAAUUAUUGUUCAAAAAACUUACUUGGUUUAAAGAUAGUAAUGACACUAAACUCCCUGUGAAAUUAUUCCUUCUGGCAUGCUGUCAUUUUGAAGAAAACAAUCUAUAGGUCAUUCCCAAGGAUGUGUCAAGUGACGCUUUUUUGGAAAUGUUUGUCCAUAGUUGGGCGAAUCCGUGAAUGGGCAGAUAGGUGCAAGUGACUUGACACGACGCACUGUAUUAUUAUUUGUCGGUUCAGUAUGUGACAUAACGUAACUUCAAUCGGCUGAAUCAUGUCCCGAAUGAUAAUUUUGGGAUUAUGUCACGAGAGGGCGCAAUUCAAUAUAUGACUCGGCAACUUUUAAAUUGAUAUCGAGAUCCAGAAUAUUGUUUUCUCAAAAUAUACAGCAUUCACAGAGCGAAAACUUAAGCAGGUUAGUUAUUAAGCACCCGCCUUUAGAAUUUGAGCAAUGUUGUUGCUUCAAACGAAAGAAAAAAUGCACAAACAACAAAUGGUCCAUUCUACCUUUAAUUGUGACCUUUAGAUUGACUUGACUACAACUCUAGGUUUUUAAUGGUUGAGGUCGCCCUGGUUAUUUUUGUAAGAGGUUUAUUUGUAAGUUAACUUACAGAAUUUAUGCACAAAUCUUAUUUUUUCAGUACUAGGUUCGUUGGUGUAGUCACAGAUUAUUUUUGUGAUCAUUCCGUUCAGAUUUGUUUGUCGGGCAUCAGAGUUUAAAAGCUUGGAUUGUUAAACCCCUUUAUUUACAUUAUGAAUAAAUACCUUAGAAUUUGUCAUCCUUGAUUAAUCGUUGGCUUAAGCUUUUCAAGUGGAAAGUAUUGGGAAAGUUUGUUAGGUAAUAGGUAUGUAUAUCAAGCAUCCACACUGUUAACUUCAUGGACUCGUGAUUUAUCAGAAAUUGACAUUUUUGGUUUCGAGACCUUAGGCCCAACUUUCACAUUCAUUUCAGACGUUCAUAUCCUGUUAUUCAAUGAUCUACAUGUGUAACUCCAAGUUGAUCUUAGGAUAUUUAAAGAUCUUGUAAUUACAGUCCAGAUUCAUUAAGUUCGGUUGAAUCCUGAUUUUUUUUCUCUGGCUUUCCAGUGCAUAAAUUUGCAACAUUUUUUAUUUGACCCAAUUAAAGUCCUAGAAAAACCAGCCCAUGUUCUGACUAAAAUCAAGUUACCAGUCAUCCCCUACUCUGCAACUAAUAUGAAUUUUUUUAUAAACUAAUAAGUACAGCAUGUGCAUUAAUUAUUAUAUUAUGAAUGGAAAAUUUCCCCACAUGAAACGCUUCAUUUUGCGGUGAAUGCAUUUGUUUCUUUGUUCGCGUCCACUUUCCAUGACGUUUGUUGGCCAACUCAAGACUCUCUUGAAGUCAACGAACUGAUUUUUAUCACGAGUGGCGGGUUCAAACCGUCUGCAUUCACGGGUCGAAAUGGUUUCUGCGGGGAGGAUUGUUGGUACAUAUAUGUGUCUUUCAGAGUAUAUUUGGAAUAAAUAUUUGUGAGAAAAAAAAGGAAUUUA